AUGGAAACAUCCACAUCAAUGGCUUCUGCAAAAAAAGAAGAGAAAAGUGUCCUUCUGGAAGACGGGGGCUUUAAUGAACCCACGAAGAAACCAGUUCCUUUAGCAGCCGCAGCACCAACAGCCGUGGUGACUCAAGGAGUUCCACAGCACAUUUUUCCAGCCUUCCAUUCUCCUUUGCCAAUUGACAUGCGUCACCAAGAAGGAAGAUACCAUUAUGAACCUCACUCCCUUCACGCCAUUCAUGGAAAGGUUAAAGGGGUUUCUCAAAAGCCUUUGGCUGAACUUCUGGAGCACAUGGGAGCUAUACUUCAACUCUGGAUUAGAACCCACCAUUCAUCAAUAUUGCAAACCUUCGGUGUCUCACAGGCACACCGACUUUCCAAAGAAUUUGUAUUUCUGAGUCUUUCUCACCGGCAAAAACAAACAUUCUCCAAUAUUGGGUCACGAAACCUCUAUGGAGUUCAUUGGGAUUUCCCUGGAAACAGGCUUGCCUCUGAGUCCUUAUUCAUUCUGAAAAUUCUUCUGGAUGUGAAGAGUGAACAGAAUGGAGCCAUCCAGAUAGCUCAUGAGCAUCUGAAAGAGAGGAGUCUCUUUGGCCUUCCCCAUCCUCCACCAGGAGCCAGCCCUGCAGACUACUAUCACCAGAUGGCAUUCAUGGCCAGCCACCCGAAUCCUUAUGGGGACCUCCUCAUGCAAAGUGGAGCAGCAGCUGGGGCCACGCAUCUUCAUGAUUACCUCAGCCCUGUAGAUGUGUCAAGAUUCUCCAGCCCAAGAGUAACCCCCAGACUCAGCAGGAAGCGAGCGCUUUCUAUAUCCCCCUUGUCUGAUGCCAGCAUUGAUCUCCAGACCAUGAUCCGGACUUCACCCAAUUCCCUGGUCGCUUAUAUCAAUAAUUCCAGAAGUAGUUCUGCCGCUAGUGGCUCUUAUGGCCAUCUAUCAGCAGGGGCAAUAAGUCCUGCCUUUACCUUCCCUCAUCCGAUCAACCCAGUGACAUACCAACAAAUUCUGAACCAGCAAAGAGGCCUGAGCUCAGCAUUUGGACAUACCCCUCCUUUUCUACAGCCAUCUCCAACUUUCCCUGCCCGGCAGCAUGUGGCUGUCAUCUCGGUCAACUCCUCUCCUGCUCAGAUCAGCAACAGCAGCAACUGCAUCACUGAGUCCAACCAGAACAAGCAAAGCAGUGAAUCGGCUGUUAGCAGCACAGUCAAUCCGGUAAUUAAUAAACGCAGUAAAGUCAAGACUGAAACAGAGAUUCUACCACCAGCUUCUCCACCGACUCAGGAACUUCUGACAGACUUGAAAGAAGAACUUGAUAAGGACGAAUGCAAGCAGGAGCCUGAUGUUAUUUAUGAGACCAACUGUCACUGGGAAGGUUGUACAAAGGAGUACGAUACGCAGGAGCAACUGGUCCAUCACAUCAACAAUGAUCAUAUUCAUGGGGAGAAGAAGGAGUUUGUUUGUCGCUGGCAGGAAUGUACCCGGGAACAGAAGCCUUUCAAAGCACAGUACAUGCUAGUGGUGCACAUGCGAAGGCAUACUGGAGAAAAACCCCACAAGUGCACGUUUGAAGGUUGCUCCAAAGCCUAUUCACGGCUAGAGAACUUAAAGACACACCUGAGGUCACAUACAGGAGAAAAACCUUAUGUCUGUGAACACGAGGGCUGCAAUAAGGCCUUUUCCAAUGCUUCUGAUCGAGCAAAACACCAGAACAGAACACAUUCCAACGAGAAACCCUAUGUCUGCAAGAUCCCAGGCUGCACCAAGAGAUAUACAGACCCCAGUUCUCUCAGGAAACACGUGAAGACAGUGCAUGGACCCGAAGCCCACGUCACCAAGAAGCAACGCAAUGACAUUCAUCUGAGGCCACCUGUCCUUAAGGAGAAUAAUGACAAUGAAGCAAGUGCCAAGCAGAGCAGCAGGUCUGCUGAACAGCGGGCUGAGGCAAACAGCACCACCACAGGCACAGAGGACAGUUUACAAGUCAAAACAAUAAAGACAGAGAAGUCUGUGAUGUAUCAGUCCAGUCCUGGUGGCCAAUCAUCCUGCAGCAGUGAACCAUCACCUCUUGGGAGCAUCAACAACAAUGACAGUGGAGUGGAAAUGAACAUGCACAGUGGGGGAAGUCUGGGGGACCUGACUGUGUUGGAGGAUAAUACUCCUGUUGUGGACUCGACAGUCUCAUCUGGUAACUCAACUGUCGGUCUUCAACUAAGGAAAAACAUGACAGCAAUGCAACGCCUUGAGCAGCUCAAGAAAGAGAAACUCAGGACAGUGAAGGAUUCUUGCUCAUGGGCAAAUCCAGCACCACAAGUCAAAAACAGCAAGCUGCCUCCUAUCCCAGGCAAUGGUUGUCUGCUGGACAAUAUGCGUGGCACCUCAACAAUGCUGCUUAACCCAAGGAUAACUGAGCUGUCCAUCAAUGAAGUUACCAUGCUAAACCAACUAGCUGAACGCCGUGACAGCUCAACCAGUACCAACAGUUCUGCCUACACAGUCAGCCGCAGAUCAUCAGGAAUAUCCCCUUACUUCUCCAGCCGCCGUUCCAGUGAAGCUUCUCAAUUUGGAAAUCGCCAUAACAACACAAGCUCUGCUGGCUCCUAUGAUCCUAUUUCCACAGAUGCCUCUCGCAGGUCAAGUGAUGCCAGUCAAUGUAAUGGGGUCUCUGGUCUCCUGAAUCUCACACCAGCUCAGCAGUACAGGCUGAAAGCUAAGUAUGCUGCUGCCACAGGUGGCCCACCACCUACACCAUUACCUAACAUGGAAAGAAUGACCCUGAGGAAUAAAAUCUCUCUCCUUGAUGGUUCAGAGCCUGCUUUGCCUUCAUUUCGUCUCCCUCCAGGGCCAAGGCGUUGUAGUGAUAGCAAUGCUUAUCUGUAUGGGUCAUCACCUGCAUUCUCUCAUGAAGUGCCUGGGAAUAGUACAAGACGGGCAAGCGAUCCAGUGAGGAGACCUGCUGGAGACCCAAGCUCCUUUCCUAGAAUCCAUACUUACAAUAGCACCAACAGCAUGAAUCUUCUUCACCCUCAUGCAGACAGAAGACAAUUCAACCUUCCAGUCUUUCCACAUUCAGACAGGAGCCUUGCUAGGCAUGUGUAUUCUCCACGACCCCCAAGUAUUAGCGAAAAUAUUGCCAUGGAAGCCAUGCCCGGUGAGACAGAUAGUUCUGUGGGAGAUGAUGAUAUUGUCCUACCUGAUGAUGUGGUACAAUACAUCAAAUCCCAAAACAAUGGGAUUGCCACAGAGAACUCUUCUACAGGGUAUGCCAGUGAAAUGCAAAACUUCCAAGUAAAUGCAAAAGUGCAAAAUAACAACGCAUUAAACCAGCGCAGAAUGGCUGUUCCAGAUCUGAGUAUGAACCAUUCGACCUCUGUUGGUGGUGGAUGCCAAAUAAACUAUGGGGCUAACUCUAAUUUGCAUAAAAAUAACAUGCCAGUCCAGUGGAACGAAGUUAGCUCAGGAACUGUUGAUGUACCCUCCUCUCAAGCAAAACAGCAGUUCCCUCAACGGAAUCUAGCUGUAUUCCAUCAGAAGCAAAAUUUUGGUCAGUAUCAGAACUUCAACCAACAGCAGUUGCAGGUAGGCCAAAACAACACAAAUGGAAAUCUGCAGCAAUUUGUGCAGAAGAAUGCAACCAUGGAUGGACAAAGGCUCAACUGCAUGCACUUAAAGCAGCAACAGGUAAAUCCAGGUUCUGGUAACAACCUAGACCUGAACUCCCAUGAGGUGUUCAACCAAGUUCAUCAAAUGCUAAGUCCAAAUACGAUGGGCAGUGAUGUCACCCAACUUUCUCCUUCCUGUAAUAACAUGACCAUGAAGCCUGCAUUCCAUGUUCGUUCUCAGCAAUUAGAUAAUGUAGCUGAUCCCAUUUCAAUAGUUAACAAUGGUAGAGAAUAUGUCAUGCAUAGUCAAGACAUGCAGGAACCAGGGUAUCAGCAGAGCUUUUCAUCUCAGUCAAGCCACAUGAACUUCUCCAUGACCCAAGAGGAUUUCCACCAAGCUUCUGCAUUAAUAACCUCAAAUCAGCCAAACUUUGAGCCACAACAGAAUACAAUUGGCACCGUUGGACAGAGCUUCGCUUCCUCAAUGAUACAACCUCAUCCUCCACCUAAUUCUAAUCCAGGAAAUAAGCACCAAGGAGUCCGUGCUGGGCAGCAGUUGGGAUACGUGAGAAUAUCUCACCCAACAAAUGAUGUGAGCUCAGGGCAGCAAAGGGCACACUCUUCCCCCAAGAGAACAACUGGUAUAGGAUCGUUGCAACCACAGUUUAACAGUAGUAUGAGGGAAAGCCAUUUGAUGCACUAUUACGGUCAAAUACAUAUGUAUGAACAAAAUGGGAAUGUCAACAAUCAAACCGAUUACAAUGUCAGACAACAAUGUGCGCUGAACACCAAACCAGCCACCAUGCCUUCCCCUGGUGCUAAUCAAGUUUCUAGCACAGUGGAUUCUCAGGGUCUGGAGUCUCCUCAGAUAGAUUUUGAUGCUAUCAUGGAUGAUGGCGACCAUUCAAGUCUGAUGUCAGGAACCUUGAGCCCUAGUAUCCUGCAGAAUCUCUCUCAGAAUUCUUCUCGCCUUACAACUCCCCGAAAUUCUCUGACACUGCCAGCUAUACCAGGUGGAAUUAGUAAUAUGGCAAUAGGGGACAUGAAUUCUAUGCUGACCACCCUGGCAGAAGAGAGCAAAUUUCUUAACAUGAUGUCCUAAUGCACGGGU